CUUCUGGUUGGACUGCAUCAGUGAUCGGUGAGCCGAGUUAGCAGCCAGACAGCGAAUUCUUUAUAGUCUCGCAAGUAACCCGAAUCAGCAGGAAAUAUGAAGACCGUAAUCCUUGUGCUCGCCGCUUUCGUGGCUGUCAACGCCCAGACCUACCAAGAAUGCAACAGGACUCCCCAGUACACGCAAGAGAUCUCCCCCGUCGUAUGCCCGGCGGCCGGCUUGAUGUUGCCCAUCUAUUCCAAUGCCCAGACCUACUACAAGUGCACCACCGUCGCCGGCCGUGUCAGCCCAAUCCCGACUAACUGCUCCAACAGCAACUACUUCAGCUACCCGCUUCAGGGCUGCCAGCCUUGCGCCUCUUACCUGCCGAGCGCUCCCUGCAGCAGCCUGGCCUUUGGACCCAAUUGCGUGGACAUUAAUUCCGCAGAAGAAACCACUACAGUGGCUCCCACAACCACCACCGCUGCCCCAACCGAAACCACCACCACCACCACCACUACCACCACCGCUUCCCCAACCACCACAACUACCGCCGCCACCACCACCACCCAGAGUGUGCCGACGCCUCCUACCGAGUCGGACACCACCUCCACCCCGUCGGGCAGCGAUGACGUGAUUACGCCCUCUGGCACCACCAUCAGUGUGCCCCAGCCCCCAUCUCCAAACGAUAGCAACGUUCCUACUCCAAAUACUCCCUAUCCCACGGCUCCGAUCAUCGUCGUUAGUCCUCCGACAAUUACCGCAGCUCCCAGCACAUAAAUCAAAAUCGUAGAUGUUACCACUUCCGCCAGAAUAAAAGGGAUUUU